UAAUAGUUUCUGAGCCUCGGACUCUCUCUCUCCUCAUCCCAUCUCAUCCGGCAGCCCAGUCUCAUUUAUCCUCUCUCACAAGUUCUUUCACUCUCGGGAAAGUCCUCUUCUUCUCUCCACCUCAAACCAUCGCAGGGGGAAACUCAGUCAACAACCACUUGCAGAAUCCAAGGCACUUUUCAAGCUCGUUUCCUGUUCUGUUAUGAACUUCCACUCCGGAUUGACAGGAAAUUGAGAAACAGUGACAAUUAAUAAUUUAUUGCUGGUUAGUACAUCACUUUUCUGUGUUGUCAUCACCGCGCUGUCCAAUGGUUUCGAGUGCACAUUACUCACUUUGAUUCAGAAACUUGUCAAAACGACUUCCAACUGCAAAGUAGUUGUCAUUAGCACAACUUUUAAAAAACUUUACGACUCUAGUCUGGGCUACCCAGCUUAGUUUGGUCAUCACCUACUUACAUCACAUUUCAAAUUUUACUAGACCCCUGACAGUCGAAAGACUUGAAAAAAUGAUUGAACUUCGAAUUAAACCAGGAAAAAAGGAGCAUUUGGAGGUUGACAAUGUAAGGAAAAUAAUAAGACAUUGACAGGAGGAGCCGUUAUCUACUCCGUUGUAACGAAGGGAAGUUAAAAAAGUGUCGAGUGCGGUGGUAGAAGUGGUGCGUCGUCGUUGGACAAAGUGCUUGUCUCGGAUUUAUUUUACCAUUUCUACUCUUUGGGGAAAAGUUUGAAGUUGCUACUACAUAAAGUUCUCAUGAACUUGUGACACAAGUGGGGCAGAGGCAACGGCAAAUGUCGCGGCGGAUGUUCACCUUAAGGAUCCAUCCCGUUCGCAAAUAAAUAAAACAUUUCAAACAAUUCGGGAAAGGAAGGAAGAAGACCCAGAUUUAAAAAUGACAAGUCAAUUCGCCCCCGGAACAUCUGUGGAGCCGACGAGCACGGUGGAAAUUUCCAUCUCUUGCAGGAAUCUUUUGGACAUGGACGUCUUCUCAAGGUCUGACCCAAUGUGCGUCGUGUAUCACCACCCCCUCGGAACUGCACAUUGGGUGGAAUUGCUACGGACCGAGACGCUGUAUGAUUGUCUCAAUCCAGACUUCGUGACCAAAAUAAUUAUGGACUACAGAUUUGAGGAGGAGCAACAACUCCGCUUUGAAAUAUACGAUAUAGACUCGCCAAGUGUGAAUUUGGAGACGCAUGACUUUUUGGGGUACGCGGAGACCAACCUCGCGCAAGUGGUGUCCACAGGGCACAAUGGCUGCACUCUCCAACUCCAACAAAACAAGAGCAAGUACUAUCCCAUUCUGCCAAAACAAGCCAAGCAAUCCAAGGGAACCAUUAUCCUACUCGCGGAAGAAUUAAUACAAUACAAAGAGGAGGCCACGCUGAAGCUGCAAGGAGUCAACAUGGGGAGAGCCGUUUGCUGUGUAUUUCAACCCAAGUUUUUUUACGUUUUGUCUAAAAUAAACGAAAACGGGAACUAUACGAUCGUCUACCGAAGCGAAGAAGCACCCGGAACGAGCCCCAUUUGGGCCAGUGCCACAAUCUCGAUGCGAUCCUUAGCUGGUGACAAAGACCGUUGUUUGCAACUACAGGUUUGGCAAGUGGGCUUCAACGGGUAUCACAAAAGUUUGGGUUUCUACUACACAACAGUGAACAAGAUGCAAUCUCUCAUUGGGAAGGAGGGUGUCAAAUUAGCUGGGAAGAAUGGAUUGGAAAAGGAGAGUUCUCUGAGGUUUAUACAAGUAAUGAUAGCGCCCGUGUACACUUUCAUGGACUACAUUUCCAACGGAACACAAAUCCACUGUUGCUUCGCCAUCGACUUUACUGCCAGCAAUGGUGAUCCAAGUGAUCCGAAUUCCCUGCACCAUUUCUCAACUUGUGGAGCUCGACUGAACCCCUACGAGCAGGCAAUUCAGGCCGUCGGAGAGAUAAUUCAAGAAUAUGACCAUGCCAAACAAUUUCCGGUCUAUGGCUUCGGAGCGAGGGUGCCUCCGUCGGGCAACGUGUGUCACAAUUUCCCAGUGACUCUGACCGACUCUCCAGAUUGUGCUGGGAUUGACAGCGUUAUUGAGGCAUACAGGAAUUGUAUACGACAAGUCCAGCUAUACGGGCCUACCAAUUUCGCACCAAUUAUCCGAGAUGUAGCAGCAGCGGCGAGAAAGCAAAUGGAUGGAAGGCAUUACCACGUUCUGCUUAUCAUCACCGAUGGGAUUAUCACGGACAUGGGCAUGACGAAAGAAAUUAUCGUCGAAGCUGCUAAGCUGCCCUUGUCAAUUAUCAUUGCGGGAGUUGGAAAUGCAAAUUUUGCAGCAAUGCAAGAACUGGAUGGAGACACGGUUCGACUUUCGUACAAUGGGAAAUAUGCGGAACGAGACAUUGUCCAAUUUGUCCCAUAUCGCGACGCUUAUUCCUGGAUGGCUUCCAUCUGCCCGGAUGUUGCCUCCAAGUGGAGCAGCAGCUACGGCAGCACAGGCCGAUUGGCGAAAAUAAGGCUUGCCCAGGAAGUCCUCGCCGAAAUACCAGAACAGCUAACAAGCUUCAUGAAAAGCAAAGGUUUGAUCCCCGGUAGUUUUCCUCAUUGCAGCAGCAACAACAAUGUCACUCACAAGGAACAGUGAGUUUAAUUGCUUGUCCUCGUUAAGUAUGCCACGUUAGACCUUGAGCCUCAGAGGAAAAUGAAAUGUGCAGAAUUAGACUUUUAAUUUUAAUCCUUCCAAUACUUCCUUGGCGAAAAUAUUUCCUCUUAAAAGGAGUUGCAUCGAGACGUAGUGAGUGAGGCCACCAGGUGCUACGCGAUUAUGUAAAUACCAGAAUUUCCUUGGAUCAGUAUUAGCAUUUGUUUUCCCUUCUUAUGAACUGGAAUUCCCUCUGCAGUCCUUUCGCCGCUUUCUCCCACGAUGUCUUUGGAGCUAAAUUCCUAUUGUCCAAAAUCCAGCUAAGGGUGAACAUUGUCACGAUCAGAAAAAUCCAUUUGUAAAAUUGCACUGGAGUUGUGCGAUAAUCAGUAUUAAUAAGUUGAAAAAUUAUGUUCCUGACCACUAUGCUUCAUGAUUUUUUCCAAAAGGAUUUAUAACAGAGUAUUAUGAAUGUAUGCAAUUAUGUAAUAUUCACACAAUGAAAAAAUUCCGAACCAAAUUAACACGUAUUUAAUUAUUUUUGAAAACAAAAAACAAAUAUGUAAGAGUAUUGUAUUACUUUUUCCGACAUUCUUAAAAUACGGGCUGGUGAUAUAACAAAUGAUUUAUGAAAGUGUGUAUGGAUUUUAUUGAAUAAAAUGUGUUUUGACAAAA